GCCAUGGGAGAAAAAGCUCAAUGGCGGAGGGUGUAAUCAUAAUAUUAAAAAAGUUCAGUAACGUUUUACUGAAGACAUAGGUGACAAAACGUACGGACAUUUUCUAAAAGAGAUUUAUUUAUAUGUAACAUAGCAACAAACUACUAAGAACAUAGUUCAGAAUGUCUAUGGUAGCUACCGACAUUAAAGAUCUAUUUAAGAUCAAAAUAAAACCACGCCAUGAUAGUUAUUCCGAUCAAUAUAAUCGUAUUUUCAUGGUGAAAAUUCUACUGGCUUGCACUAUUGUGCUUGGUAUCAGUUGGUAUAGCGAUAAAUUUAAUUGUGUUGUGCCAGAUGAGCAAAAGCCAGCAGAAGACUUUGACAAGUUUGUCUCUAAUGCAUGCUGGGUACAAGGAAUGUUCGUUUAUAGAGAACUAAUGGACAAGCUUGGUAAAGUUGCAUAUUAUGGAGUUCCUAAAGACUUGGUUGACAAUGGUUUGAUGCCGGGAGGUCAUUUAUGCAACGCUGACAAAGAGCAAAAGGGACCGUUUAAAAACAAUCCCAAUUACGUGUGCAAAGAAAUGACCAAAACGUUUUUCAUACAGUACCAGUACAUGCCGUUCUAUGUGUGUGCAUUGGCAUUGUUGUAUUACCUGCCAUACAUGAUUUCAAAGACGGUCAAUCAUGAUCUAAUCAACUUGCGUGAAGCUAUUAAGAAGAAUGAAACAGAUAUUGAUGGUAUUGUCAAGUAUUACUUUAAAGAUCGCAAGCAACGAGGAAAAUGCAGUAAGAUGCUGACAGCUAAACAGAUUGCAAAUAUAGGUGUUAAAGUUGCCUAUAUCAUUGUCAAUUUCCUUGCCUUUUUUGGAACAAACUCAGUUCUAGAAGGUGAAUUUUAUGGUUACGGUCGCAAAUGGGUGGAUUGGGCUAGAAAGAACAACACUAUGGCUCAUGAUUACAUGGGAUAUAGAGAUUUUCCCAAGCCAAGUAAUGAACUGCUUCCACCGUUCGGAUUGUGUGAAGUUCACAGCUCAGCAGAACACCUUGUUGAAACUCACAAUAACGUACAUGUAGUUUUGUGUGAAAUGUCUCAACAUAUCUUGUAUCAAUACGUGUUUAUGUUAUUGUGGUUCGCUAUGAUCAUUGGAAUUGUCGCUUCCCUUGUUGGUCUUCUCAUUCUUUUGUUCAAUUAUGUCAUAGGACUGGUCGGAAUCAGACGAUUGGGUUCGAACAACUCAGCCAAAAGAAUAUUUGAUGUUUUAACCUACAGAGAAGUGGAAUAUCUUGAAUUCAUGCGCAAGAAGAACCAGCUGGUGUACGGAGACGUUCUGGAAAAAUUAAGGGAGAAGAUUCUUGGUUCACCUGCACACAGCAUCGAUUCAAGUUUCGAUAACCCAAAAUCUGAGCCUCCUCGCUAUCCAAUGAAAAGAAAGCCAUCCAACGGAACAUUCGCACUUUAAAAACUUUGUGAUGAAGUAACUUGAUAUGUCCGACUUGUUUUAUAAAGACCGGUAACAAUUUCUACAGGGUAUUUUUGUACGAGAAAGAAAAAUUGUAAAUAGGAUUUCUAAAGUUGCAUCAGUAUUCUAAUAAUAAGUUUUGACAAAUAGCAUAGUUAAUUUUUGACGUAUUUGUAACCAAUCUGUGAGUUUCCAAAUGCAACUUUGACAGUCGAAACAAGUUGGUAGGAAAAAGACAGAGGUAUGGAAAAAAAGUUCUCAACCUCUAAAUUCAUUUUUCAGUUUUAUGAUCCUGGAGCCUGUUGACAAGGCGAUUGUUUUGUAAAGUCUUCCUUGUAGUAGUUUCGAUUUUAUAGUCAUGAUAGGUAUAAGACUCCUUUUUUUUUGUAUUUCGCAAUGUUCCUAUAGCAACAAUGUUUUUGUAAACCAUGCGUUGUAUUUCUUAUGAUGUUAUUUUUAAGAAGAGCAUGUGAAAGUCCCUUCACAACCAUUUUUUAUUGACAACAUGUUUUUUCAGCCAUAAUGGCACUUGCCAAUGGAAUGGCGCAAUUUAGAAGGGUUAUCCAGGUGUGCAAAAAAAGGGUAAAUGAAAAAGGUGAAAGGUAAGUGAGGAGACGUUCACGUGAUUAUUUAUCGAAUCUGAGAAGGUACACUACGUCUCCACUUUCUUUUGGAAGACGUCUUCUGUUGAUAAAGAUGAUCAUGAAAGAGAUGAAAGAGAUAUAAUAACUCUCUCCCGCA